CGUUAGUUGUAUUUAAUUAAAGACAGGAAUGUAAAAAUUUUUUGGCAACGAUAUGACUGCAAUUGUAAAUAUAUUUAUUGGUGUGUUUAAUUAAAGUACCUACCUAAUAUAAUGUUUACGAAGUUUUAAAAACAUUACCUAUCACUAAGAACAUGGCUCCGAAUAACAGUAAUUGUUCAGAGGUAUUAAAUGAAGACAAUUUGGAAUUUGAACAUCAAAAUGAAUUGAAACCAGAAUUGGAAAUCAAAUCAUCAAAAUAUAAAAUGAGAUUAGUAUGGCGAAACAUAAUUUUAUUUCUAACAUUACAUUUAGCAUCAGUUUAUGGUAUAUAUUUGAUAUUUACAUCAGCGAAAUUAAUCACAACAAUUUAUGCAAUUUUUUUAUAUCAGGCCGGAGCAUUUGGUAUAACAGCUGGUGCACAUCGCUUAUGGACUCAUCGUGCGUAUAAAGCUAAAUGGCCAUUAAAAUUAUUGCUAAUUAUAUGUGAUACUCUUGCAUUUCAAGAUGCCGUAAUUGAUUGGGCAAGAGAUCAUCGCAUGCACCAUAAGUUUAGUGAGACUGAUGCAGAUCCCCAUAAUGCUAAACGUGGAUUCUUUUUUUGUCAUAUGGGAUGGUUAUUAUGUAGGAAACAUCCAGAAGUUAAGGAAAAGGGUAAAUCUAUUGAUUUAUCUGAUUUGAGUGCGGAUCCAUUUAUUCGUUUUCAAAAAAGGUAUUAUUUGAUUUUAAUGCCCCUUGUAUGUUUUGUUUUACCAACAUUAAUUCCAUGGUAUUUCUGGAAUGAAUCUUUGUUGAAUUCAUGGUUUGUGGCAAGUUUAUGGCGUUAUACAGUUACAUUACAUGUUACGUGGUUAGUAAAUAGUGUCGCCCAUUUGUGGGGUGCACGACCAUAUGAUAAAACAAUAAAUCCAGUUGAAAAUUUAUUUGUAUCAUUAUUCGCAUUAGGAGAAGGUUGGCAUAAUUAUCAUCAUACAUUUCCAUGGGAUUAUAAAGCAGCAGAAAUAGGUCAUUGGCGUAUAAAUGUUACGACACAUUUAAUUAAUUUUUUUGCUAAGAUUGGUUGGGCAUAUGAUUUAAAAACAGUGUCUGAUGAUAUGAUUCAAAAACGUGUAUUACGAACUGGUGAUGGUACACAUCCUUUUGUAUCAAACUAUCAUUAGAAGAAAAAUUACAAUAAAUUUAUUGCCAAUAACAUUUAUUUAUUGUUGUGCUAUUGUUUCUAUGAAAUUUAACUCUCUGAUCGCGAAAAUGGCAAGAAAAUUGUUUUAUCAUGUCACUUUUUUGAGUAAUAACGCGAAAAGACUUACACCACUUUAGCAACCUCUAUGAAUAAAGUCUACCCUUCUUCACAUUGAGUCAACACGUGAUUUAUUAAAAAAAUUUUCAUUUUAAGUAUGAGAACAACUGGGACUACGUAAUUACAAAGCUCAAUCUCACAAAAGUUUAGUCACUUAGAAAAUUGAAAUUUCAAUAUUUCUUACCCUUGCUUUGAC